UCGGAUCUCUCCGCUUCUCGGAUCGUUCAAUUCGCGCUCCACUCUCCCACACGCUGCUAGAGCCUAGAGACGACCAAGCCACCCCUCGAGAGAUGAGAGGGCGAGAGGCGCCUCGUCCUCCCGGUGGCACGGAGACGCCCACCAGCAACAACAACCCGCAGAUGAGCCCGCUCCGCAUCACGCACGACGGCGAGUUCUACGCGCGGCUGCUCACCAAGGAGAUCGCCAGCGGCGGCUCCCUCGGCUCCAACCCGCACUCCUUCCGCUACUACGGCCCCGGCCCUGGCCCCGUGCCCUUCGGCUGGGAGUCCCAGCCGGGCACGCCCAAAGACGCCCCCUGCUGCCGCCGGACGCUGCCCCAGGCAGCAGACCCCGCCGUCGCAGACGUCGUCCCGGCCAUCACCCCUCCGCCGUCCUACUACCACCUGCGUUCCGCGCCGCCAAACGCCCACAGCGGCAGGAUGAGCCGCAGUGGCCGCAAGACGAGCAAGCUGCAGGGCGGCGGCAGCAAGAGCAAGUGCUGCUACUGCGGCUGCGGCUACGGCAGGAAGCUCAAGUGGAGCGUCAAGAUCGGCUUCAUCGCGGCCCUGUUCCGCCGGAUCGUGCUCGGCAAGUCCCGGGUGUCGUCCGCGCCGUCCGUGCAGUCUUCGUCGUCCACCCGCUGGCUCUUCUCCGGCUCGAGCAGCCAGGAAGAGACUGCCGGUGUUUACGAUCAUGACUACGACCACUACGAGCAGCCGGCGACGAAGGGGGUGCUCCGCCUCGGCCUCGGGGUGCGGCAGACCCCGUGGAUGGUGCAGUUCUGCGGCGGCCGGAGGGAGGCCGGCUGGGUGCACGGCUGGCCGUAGGCGGCGCCGUCCGUCCGGUCGCUGUGAUCAAGUUUCAGCCGUGGUUUUGGCCAUGCACCUGCUUUAAUUAAAGUGAUCUAGUAUACGGGUUGAUGUGGAUCGUUGGAUCCAUUCGUUCCUGCUCAAUGUUUCCUGUCGCAUCCAGUGUCUGACAUGAUGUGUAGUGUUCCAAGCGUCCAACAUAAGUGCGUGCAUUUGCAGGGUUCGGUUUGGUCGUUUAGCGUUGGCGUGUUCUUGCUGCUACGCAGGCGGCAGGCCCCCGGCUGGACACGGGGAACACAAGCGUAUCGGCGUUUUGCCUUUGGAAAUUGGAACCUUCAAUUAGUUCAUGUUGUCUAGAGGCAUGUGGACUAUGGAAAAGAUGCAUGUUGUCGAAUGUCGAUCGCGACUAGUAUGCCGGCUGGCAGUUCCACGUGCCUCGGGGUCUCGAAUUAUUCCAACUCUUUUCAUGUCAAUUCACUUGCCUUGGCGUUCUGGGAGGUGUUGUUGAUGCCUUGAUGGCUGCAACUAUUUUCAUGUCAAUUAUUCCAACUCUUUUCAUGUCAAUACAGUAUCUUGAUUU